AUGACCACAAAACUGAUCGCCUUCUCCCCAGAACAACAAAAACUCCUCUCAGACCAACAGCUGACCUCACCCUCGUUCCUCAGUUACCUACUCCAAUAUCAGAACGAAACCAUCCGCGGGAUCUCUGUCCGUCUCCCCGGCAACUUUGUCCACUACUCCCUCCUGUCCGAACAGGAAAUCGUCCCCGGUCAGACCACGGUGGGGGAGUUGAAGAUGAAGGUGCUGAAUGUCGUUUAUGUGACGGAUGGGCAGGAGCAGGUGGAGGAAACAUAG